UCGCUGGAACAAAAGGUCAAAGUGGACUGCAGUGUAAGUGUGGAGGCAGCCGAUAAAUAUCCUUGCCUGCAGCUGGAGGUGGAGAGGCAGGAGCGUCAGCUGCAGCAGGUUGUGUGCUCCGCGGGUCCUGCACACCGGGCUUGGCUGGAAGACACUGGGAGAUCCCGUGCAGAUUCGCACACGAGGAUGGCUUGUGAAAUCAUGCCGCUGCGAAGCUCACAGGAAGAUGAAAGACCUCUGUCGCCUUUCUAUCUGAGUGCUCAUGUAUCCCAAGUCAGCAAUGUUUCAACAACUGGAGAACUCUUAGAAAGAACCAUCAGGUCAGCAGUAGAAGAACAUCUUUUUGAUGUCAACAGCUCUGGAGAUCAAAGUUCAGAAGACUCAGAACCUGGACCAUCGUCAGCAUCUUCCACACCCACCAGGCACCGAGGGCAUCAGUUUAAGAAGCAGGAUGAUGUUUGGCAUGGCCGAGACAAGGAACUUAUCAAUAAGGAGAAUAUUCCUUAUGGCUUCAGCAACUAUGAUGAGUGUAUUUUGAACGUCCAGGAAGCAGAAAGAUUCCCGGGUGAUACUUGUGAUUAUGUAGAGGAAAGAAGUAAACCCAAGCGUCAGAAAUCCAGUUCCAGGCUUACCGAGCUCAGAGAAAAUCACGAUGGGCUCCUGGACAUGGAAAGUCUUAGUUCUGUGCAGUCGCAUGAACGACCUGGACCUGAAGCUGUUGAACUGAGGUCCAAUGAAAGCAAAGCAAAUGGAAGAGGUGGUGGAGACACUCCGCAUUAUGAGAGCCCCACAAUGAAGAUUCAGGAGCAUCCCAGUAUAUCUGACACCAAACAACAGAGGAAUCAAGAUGCCGAUGAUCAGCAGGAGAGCUUUGUCCCCGAAAUGCCCCCAUUGGACCUGACAGCAUUGUGCCAUGAGAAGAACUGGGAAGAGCCCCUCCCUUCCUGGCAGCAAGAGAAUGUGGACUCUGACGAAGCUCGCCUCUCCCCACAGGCUGGGCGCCUGAUUCACCAGCUUCUGGAUGAGGACAGCGACCCCAUGCUGUCCCCCAGGUUCUAUGCCUAUGGGCAGAGCAGGCAGUACCUGGAUGACACAGAAGUACCUCCAUCUCCCCCCAAUUCCCAUUCUUUCAUGAGGCGGAGAAGCUCUUCCCUUGGGUCCUACGAUGAUGAGCAAGAGGACCUGACACCUGUGCAGCUCACCCGAAGGAUCCAGACCCUUAAAAAGAAGAUCCGCAAGUUUGAGGACAGGUUUGAAGAAGAGAGGAAGUACAGACCCUCCCACAGCGAUAAAGCAGCCAACCCGGAGGUUCUGAAGUGGACAAAUGACUUGGCCAAAUUCCGGAAACAGCUUAAAGAGUCAAAACUAAAGAUCUCUGAAGAGGACCUCACCCCCAGGACACGGCAACGAAGCAACACACUCCCCAAGAGCUUUGGUUCCCAGCUAGAAAAGGAAGAUGAGAAGAAGCAAGAACUGGUGGAUAAAGCCAUCAGGCCCAGCGUUGAAGCUACACUGGAAUGCAUACAGAGGAAGCUCCAAGAGAAGAGAGAGGAGUCUAGCCGUCCUGAGGACAUUAAGGAUAUGACCAAGGACCAGAUUGCUAAUGAGAAAGUGGCCCUGCAGAAAGCGCUUCUAUACUAUGAAAGCAUCCACGGGAGGCCGGUGACAAAGACAGAGCGUCAGAUCAUGAAGCCUCUGUAUGAUAGGUACCGACUGGUCAAACAGAUCCUGUCCCGGGCCAGCACUGUCCCCAUCCUUGGGUCCCCUUCCAGCAAACGGAGAAGCCCUUUGCUGCAGCCAAUUAUCGAGGGCGAAACUGCUUCCUUCUUCAAGGAGAUAAAGGAACAAGAGGCGGCGUCGGAAGAUGACAGCUCCACCAAGCCAGACUUCACUGUCACUCUGAAGACAGACUGCAGUGCACAUUGUUGCCUGGACCAACUUGAAGAUGAUGCUGAUGGAUUUAUUUCACCAAUGGAUGACAAAGUGCCAUCAAAAUGCAGCCAGGACUCAGGCCUUUCAAAUCUCCACUCUGCUUCAAUACCUGAACUCUUGGAAUACCUUCAGGAAAUGAGAGAAGAGAAGAAAAUGAUUCGAAAGAAACUUCAUGACUUUGAGGACAAUUUUUUCAGACAAAAUGGGAGAAAUGUCCAGAAGGAAGACCGUACUCCAAUGGCUGAGGAAUACAAUGAGUACAAGCACAUAAAGGCCAAGCUACGGCUGUUGGAGGUGCUUAUCAGCAAAAGAGACGCCGAUUCCAAGUCUAUGUGAAGGACUGGCAGUGUGCACGACCACUUUCCUAGGAAAGAUUAGCUCUGGAAGGCAGCCUUGGAGCUGUACCUGUGACGCAGGCAAUUCCCUGCCUCUGAGCCAUCAGAUUAGCUCCUGCUUCCAUCGCCUUCCUUUGAAACUGCCUGCAUGGAAGACGACAGUGUGACCUGACUUAGGAAUUUCAUAAUGGGAGAGUUGAGACUCCUACUUAUGUCAAUGCACACUGCAGUAAGAACUUCAGUGACAUGAGCAGUGAUAAGACACACCAUCAGACACACCCAUCUACAGAUAACUUGCUGUUCUUCCCUGACAACUAAGAAACACAAGGCCAUCCUAAAACUGUGACAAACACAAGCUCAGGACUUCCCUCGCAGAGCCUGCUUCUUGUGGAGGUCUGUGCGCUCCCUGGCCCCCAUCACAUGGUGACUGUGCUUUGGCGUACCAUUUGCUGCCUUGGCCGUUUCCCCGAGCUGUACUCAUUCACCCCCACCAAUUCAUUUCCCGUUUGCUCUCAGGUAGAUGGAAGAGCUGUAUCUGCCAGAGGUGGCAGGGCAGUCCUUUCACUGAUGCGCUCUCAGCCGACAGACUUUAAGUCCCUGCCUCAUACUUGUGUAUGCUGAGGACAGAGUGACAACCGAAGUAGCUAUGCAGAUGCGAUUUUAAAAUCAGGUGACAGCUGAAGAGCCUGAAACCUCUUCAACACACUGACUGCACUUUCCAGUCUCAGACAUUGUUGAACACAAAACAAGGCCAGUGUUCCUGUUUUGGGGCUCAAUUUUGUUAUUGCACUAGCCAAACAAAGGAGUCUUGUUUAAUUAUUAGACUAGGUCUAGACUAUCAUGGGAGAGGGGAGUCUGUAUCAGCCUCCUGAGCUUACCAGAGUUUAAUUUUUCUACGAAAGUAAAUCUGCACUAAAAUCCUUAAAUGGAUGGGUAAGAAGAUGUAGCCUUCAGAGCUCAGCUCAUUCUCAAAGCAGAUCUAGAUCCCAUUUUCCAAGAUGAUAUAUAAACAAAAUGGUGUGUAGCCAAUUUUGAUGCUCUUCCCCCCCCCCCCAAAGUCUAUGUCACAAAGCUGUCUAUAUUAGACAUUUUGGAGGGACCAUGGAACUUGACACCCAAUCCUUCAUCUCUUCUGUGUGCUUGCUGUCACUCUGUGCUGUGUUGUUUUCUUUUGAUCCACUGUGUCUGUCUGAAGAACAAAGCCUGGGUUUUGCAGGCACCUGCCCCAGGUGCGUGACAGCCUUGCCUGGGGCAACUGCAGCAGAGGCUAGGCAGGCGGCAGGGAGACGUAGUUCCGUCUGGAGAGUCGCCUUCCACAGGGUGCAGUGUUAAGGAGGAGAAGGGAAAAUUGUAACACCCGUGGCAAUGAUAACACCAGUUUGGGGUUCUCCAGUCAGAUGAUUUUCAGGACUGCCCUCCUCACUGCAGCUCAGUCAUGGGGGGGUGGGGGGGCUCUUUCAGUAAUGGACCUGGGGGUGGAGAAUUCCUUCAGUUUUGCUUUUAUAAAUAAUCACACAGAAGCAUGAGCUAUAUGUUGGAAACACUCUGUUUUUAUCCACACAUUUAAAGACGGUACAUAAUCCUACAAAUUUCAAUAUACAUGAAGAGGUAGUUCGAUGUUCUUUGCUCUGCUGUUGAUGUUUGCUGAUUUCAAAAAGCUGUAUUAGAAAUAAAAUUAUGUAAUGUAGGAUUGUUUUCUAUUUUUGAAGCCUGAACAUCAAUCAUUCACAUGACCAAAAAUUGUAUUUUUAAAAAGAAAUCCACAUCUAGUCUGUAAUUUUAACUACUUAUUCUCCUAAGUAAAAUGUGGAAUAACUCAAAUUAGUACCAGUUAACGUUUAAAGCACAUGGGCUCAGAAGUAAAGAGGUUUUUUCCUAAACUGCAUAUAAAUGAAACGCUACUAGGUGUUUUGAAAUCCAUUGUUUUCACCAAAGGUAAAUGAACUAAAAGACUUAUCAGGACUCCCACUCAGUUUUAUGUGAUCAAUAAAAUACCAAGUUAUUGGAAAAUAAA